ACGAUUAGUAACUCUGGGUCUUAGAUAGACAUCCCCGUCUCGGGCCUUUAUAUAUAAACAGCGAAACUCUCACAACAGCUUCAGCCUGCACAUUCAUACACAUAGAAUAACAGAAAUGUCUCUCCAAGUGGAUUCACUGUUCAACGUACAGGGCAAAGUCAUUAUCAUAACGGGCGGUGGCACGGGUAUUGGCCUUAUGAUGGCCACUGCCCUGGAGAACAACGGCGCUACCGUCUACAUACUUGGUCGGCGUCUAGAGGUACUCCAAAAGGCAGCCAAGGAACAUGGAAAAUACGAUAAAAUAAUACCGUUGCAAUGCGAUGUUACGUCUAGGGAAAAUUUACUUUCCGCUGCCGAAACCAUAAAGCAACAACAGGGUUAUAUCAAUGCCCUUGUUGUCAACUCAGGUGUUAUGUACAAUCAUAUUAAGAAAGCCUCUCCUGAUGAGGAUAUCAAGGCUGUCCAAGAGAAACUCUGGACUUCUGGAACACCCGAGGAAUUUAUCAAAACAUAUGAGGUCAACGUUUCCGCCGCGUACUACACAUCUGUUGCCUUUCUCGAGCUGCUUGAUGCUGGUAAUAAACGAGCUCUCCCGGCGAAUGAGCCCGCAAGUCAGAUCAUCACAAUCGGCAGUAUCGGAGGACUGAGGCGGGAUGGGAACGUCUUUAGCAUUUCCUAUUCAACGAGCAAGGCAGCUGUGAUGCACAUGGGGAAGAUUCUUGCAGACCUACUCAAGCCCUGGAAGAUUCGCAGUAACAUCAUUGCUCCAGGGAUGUUCCCUUCUGAAAUGACGAACCUGGAAGAAAAUGCAUCCGUCCCGGCGAAUCAGGUUCCACUAGAGCGGUACGGGAAACCUCACGACAUUGGGGGACUCGUACUGUACCUUGUCAGCAAGGCUGCAGAAUAUGUAGAUGGAGGGGUGCACGUGCUCGAUGGAGGCCGCCUCGGGCUUUUUGCAAGCACAUUCUGAAUGGUACGACGUAGAAGAGGGUAAUGGCGUCUGCAAUGCGAGCGAGUUCAAUGAUAAGAAACAAUUAUAAAAUGUGUAAUAAUCAAAUCGUAACCUGUAUGCGGAAUUGAGUUUGUGAC